AAAUAAGAUGACUGCCGUCAGCUGCGAGCCAAUGACCUUUUCUUUUCGCCGUGAUUAUAAUUCUGUAACAGAUCGAAAUGUUACCCUCGGUCGGUGUCGUCGACACAGGGAACUCAUCUCGAAUACUUCUGCCGCUUCUACGCUCAGCCGGUUUUACAGUCAGUGGAAUAUGGGGUGCUUCAAAACAGCAAGCGAAGACGAUGGCGGAGGAGUACAAAGUUCCAUUCCAUACAGUUAAAAUAGACGAAUUACUUCUGCGUGAAGACGUGGAUUUAGUGUGUGUGCUUUGCCCACCUCACGUUCGAGCUGAAGUGGCGGUGAAAGCUCUUUCUAUCGGAAAACACGUCCUCUGUGAUUCUCCUGUAGGUCUUAGCAAGGAUGAAGCUGAGAGAAUGGUCCAGGCUGCUCAAUAUUAUCCUAAGCUUCUUUCUCUUGUCAAACACGAACUCAGGUUUCUUCCCGCCUUUAUCAAAAUGAAGCGAUACGUGGAGGAAGGUUUUUGUGGCAAGCCACUAAUCUGCGAAUGUAAGAUUGAAAUGGGUUCAUUGCUAGGUAACAAUUACACCUGGAUGUGUGAUCAGGCCAUGGGUGGUGGGGUGCUGACCAAUCUUGGGGCCCACAUCAUUGAUCUUGUUUCCUUCUUAACCAACCAAAGAGCUGUAGAAGUUCAUGGUACUCUAAAAACCUUCAUUCCUCAAACAGAUGAGGUUUCAGGCUUUCGUCAUAUAUCCAGUGAUGACUAUACAGCUUUUCAGAUGAAACUGAAUGGAGGGGCUUUUGCAACAGUUUCUCUUAAUGCCCACAUUCCAGGACGUUACUCUCAAACUGUCACUAUAUACGGUACCAAGGGGCAGCUGAUCGCGAGGAAUGGUAGUUUAUAUGGGAUGAAGAAUGGUGGCAAAGAAGAACUCAUUUAUGGAGACAUUGCCCGCAUCCCGGGUAUGUUCAAUGUGGAGAAACUCCCACCCAGUAUCUUUCUGACAGGUCUUGAAGUGUGGGUGUCAGAGAUAAAAAGAGCAUUUGAAGAAUCCAUUGAUAAAGAUGAUCGAAGAAUUGCUGAUCUGCAGACUAUUUCCAGUGCAGCUUCAUUUCAUGAUGGUCAGUUUGAUAUCCUGGAUAAUACAUGGGUAGAAGAGAAGGCACAGGGGUAUGGGGAAUGGGGGAGGGGGGGAAGGGACUGAGCCCCUUGAAAAAAACUGGUGGGUCAAAAUUCCAUAUGGUGUAGUGUGGAAGUUAUUUUAUUUAGAAGAUGCACUUGGCUUGGCAGAAUAUCCACCCUUGUGUCUUUCACAAUUUGUUUUAUCAACAUUGUAUAUGGGAAGACACUGAGUUGCAGGACUCUUUCUCAGACAACUGCCUACUUAUGCAUUCCAAAAAUCAGUAGCUAACACAAUUAACAUGUGGCUUGAUUUUUUUUGUCUAACUUGUGACAAGAAAUCAUAGAUUAAAAAUCAAAUAUUUUUUUAAUAAAGGCAUAAUAAUAUUAAUAAAAAAAGAAUUUAAUUAGGGGGUUUAUACUAAAUAGCCAAAGCUGAUGAACUUGUGGCCCUCUAUAACUAGCAUGUGGCUUCUUAACUCAAUACAAGGUCAGAAUCAAUAGAGGACAAGAACUACUUCAUUCCAUUACAGGUGUUUUUAAUUAACUGUGAUGACUGUUACUUCAAAUUGCAGGCCUUUAUACCAGAACUGUCCUUGAUGCUAUUAUUGAGUCCAGUGGACAUGGUACUUGGUGUCAGGUUGAGUUUGUUGCUAAUGAAGAAACUGGGGAAAUGAAAUCAGGCCCUGAGGAGAAGUCAGUGCAAAUCAUCACUGAGCCACGAAAGGAAAAGGCAGGUGAAAAGAAUCUUGCAUCUCCUGUCCUGCGAAAGAUGCUGACUCAGUGAGCUUGGGAGAGUUUAGAUAAAGUUUGAAAGAGGAUAAUUUUAUUCAAGCAACUAUCAACAAAUUUCCAAUGCAAUUAUUAUUUCAGCCAGUUUUUUUCUUUUUUUUUGGCUAACAUAAGAUAUGAGGAAGCUUGGAUGGAAAAAGUUGCCCUUUUGAAAGAUCUCUGGUUCCAUUCUCAAGUUAAAAGUUCAAAUGAAAAAUAAUUUCAUCUUUAAAGAGAUAAUUCUUGGUUUUGCAAAAAUUUUGUAUAGGUAUUGGUAUUGCUCAUUUUCAACUUCAAAAGAACUACCAAGGAAAAGAUGCAAGGAGCAUCAAAAGCCAGUUAUACAGUUUACACUACAAUGCUUUAAAAAUAUAGAAAUGGCAUAAUCUGGAAGUUUCAGGAUGUAUUGCUAAACGAAGUAUUGCAAAGCUCAGUUUUCCAUGUUAAAAUUCCUUUACUGUGUUUGAGAAAUGUUUAUUGCCUAAUUUGAGAAACAAUUUGUACAAUUACUUUAUAAUUAAAUAAAGACAGAAGCUCCUUUUAUGGCCUUUUCUGACAUUUUUGGAUUGCAUGCCACUAGAAAGAAAUCCACAAGUGGGUCUCACUCAACAGGCAAUUGUCUGAAAAAUUUUGUACUGCUUGGACAGCAGCG